UAUGUAAUAAAUGCACAAUGCUGAAAGUAGUGUGUAAAUGCAUCAGCCAGAAUUAUCAUGCAUUAUUAGUGUUGUUUUUGUUUCUUUUCCCACUGGAUAUAUGACUGGAUUCUACACUUAUUGAAUAUAUAGUUUCGGACAAAGCUAAAUUCAAAUUAAUUUUCUUUAUAGACAGAAUGAAUGCGAAGUGAAAAAAAAUCAAAUCGUAUUUUCUUUCAAAUUUGUUUAGAAACUUUGUUUUUCAUCAUAUUUCUGGAAAUUGAAUUAAGAUGGUUUCACGCACAGGACGUACGCUGUUUGUGAUGGUAGCUCGUGGUUACAGUGGUGCACGUGGUAACGGUAGUGCACGUGGUUACAGCAGUGCACGUGGUAACGGUAGUUCACGAGGAAAUGAUACCAUACAUCACAAGCUGGUGGUGGCUGGAGGAGGAACAGGGGGUUGUUCAGUCUCGGCACGUGCAUGUCGUGCACUCGGUCCCGGAACUGUUGCUGUCAUUGAACCGUCUGAGAAACAUUACUAUCAAUCAAUGUGGACGAUGGUCGGCGGCGGGAUCAAACAAAUGCAACAGUCGGAGAUGGUCACGGCGGAGAUACUACCUAAACCUUGUAAACUAUACAAGACAAGGGUAGCAGAAUUCCAGCCAGAUAAAAAUACGGUCGUCCUAGCUAACGGACAAAAGUUAAGUUAUGAUUAUUUGGUUAUUGCCCUUGGAAUUCAGAUUAACCCAGGCAAGGUAGAAGGGCUUGUUGAAGCGUUUAAGAACGACCCAACGGUCUGCUGCAACUAUAUGAAGGACACGGUAGUUAAGACAUACCCGGCUAUACAGAACUUCCGGGGAGGUAACGCCAUCUUUACUUUACCAAACACACCUAUCAAAUGUGGCGGGGCACCGCAGAAAAUCAUGUACUUGGCAGACGAGUACUGGAGAAAUCAUGGUGUCCGAGACAAAACAAAAAUAAUGUUUAACACGUCUCUGGGUGUAAUAUUUGGGGUUAAGAAAUACGCUGAGCGUCUGUUGAAGAUAAUUGACCGGAAACACAUUGAGGUGAAUUUUAGACGAAAUCUAACGUCGGUAAACCAUCUGAAGAAACUGGCCGUGUUCGAGCACUUAGACACCGGUGACAAGGAGACGUACAAUUAUGACUUUAUGCACGUUGUUCCACCUAUGUCUGCCCCGGAUGUAUUGAAGUGCUCUACCUCACAAAUAACUGAUGAGGCCGGCUGGCUGGACGUUAACAAGUACACAAUGCAACAUAACAAAUAUCCAAACAUCUUUGGUCUCGGUGAUUGUACAAGUGUACCCACAUCUAAAACAGCCGCUGCAGUCGCAUCACAGAAUAAAAUUUUACUGAACAGUUUGUGUCAAGUGAUGAAAGGAAAAGUACCCGACGGAAAAUAUGACGGGUACACAGCAUGUCCUCUUAUAACCGGGUACCAUUCUUGUAUAAUGGCCGAGUUCGAUUUUGAUGGCAACCCGCUAGAGACGUUUCCUAUUGACCAAGGGAAAGAAAGACGAACGAUGUUCUAUGUGAAGAAAGACGUAAUGCCACAGCUAUACUGGCGAUUGUUCGUCAAUGGUAAGUGGGGCGGACCUAAGCCGUUCAGGAAAGCGAUGCAUCUUUGGAUGUGCAGAUAGAACAACUUUUCAUGCUGCUGAUUAAAAGAACGUUCAAUGAAGAUGUGAAUUUUGUCGACGUAACUUAAUUACGUCCUAAUUAACAUAAUCCUGAGACUUAUUAUAGAUUCAGAUUUAUGUACAACUGAGUAUUUCGAAAUAUGGAAUGAAAUUUAUCGACAAUAUACUUCUGUUCGAUUUUACUUAUAAACUAUUGUUAUUUUGUACAAUAUACAUUUUGUCUUUCAACUCGUCUUUUAUUUCAAAGGGUAUGUUUAAAUGUGUAUUAGUUCAUAAAUAGUAUCAUAGUUACUGUUAUGUAACAGGUCACUAGAUUGGAAUAAAUAUUUUGAUCAUGACAUAUUAUACGGUGUAAUUUGAACCAUAUUUUGGCCAAUGCUAACCUGGUAACAUGAUUCAUUGAAUGGAUAUCAUAUUAUGCGAUGUGGUGUGUUAGUAUGUAUUAUUUUGAAUAUGUCAAUGAUUAUUUAAUAAAUAUGCAUUAUGCUCGCAUAACAUAUUGUCGAGGGUAUUUUCAAAGCUUUAUCUAAAUUGUCAUUUUCAUUAUGAUGACAGCACGCGCAACCAGCACGCGCCAACACUCAUGUUGUUAAAAAUCUAUAUUAUAAUAUGGAUGCUUUUGAAUAGUCUUUAUAAAAUUUUAGUUCCAUUUUUUCGAGAUGAUCUUUUUCAAAACAAAUACAGGCUGAUUUUUUAAGGGUUUUCAUUUCGCCAGUAACAUAUUUAGUGCUUCUCCUGGCGACAUCACAAAGAUAAUUGAGCCGUGCCACGACAAAAGCAACAUAGUUGCGACCAGCAUGGAUCCAGACCAGCCUGCGCAUCCGCGCAGUCUGAUCAGGAUCCGUGCUGUUCGCUUAUCUACCCUAUUACAAGUAGAGAAACUGAUAGCGAACAGCAUGGAUCCUGAUCAGACUGUGCGGAUGCGCAGGCUGGUCUGGAUCCAUGCUGAUCGCAAACUCACUAUGAUGGUUUUGUCGUGACGCGGCUCAUAUAUAAAUCAGUCGCCAUAUGAAACAUUUGUGCUGUUUUUCUUUUAAUAAACAUUCAAUAAAUGAUGAAAAUAUACAUGCAAAUAUUAAGAAAUUGUAUGAAAAUUAAUUGUUACAUCAGUGUAGUUUGUAUCAUGUAGGAGAUGUACAUAGAUGUUACCUUUUCGAUCCCUAAUUAAAUAUCGUUAAUACAAGUAUAAAA